UUGACAUUACUCUAAUUUUAUUGUAACCUUAGCUUGGCUCCUGAAAAGCCGCUUCAUGAUGCAAUCCAUGCUUACUCUUUCCUAUUCACGUUUAAGAUAGUUGGUACAAGGUAUAGGUUAUCGUUGCCAAGAUCCUAGUUACAUAGAAUUAAUUGUUCCUAAAAAACUUAAACCUUGAUAAGUUAAGUUAUUUCACAGUGUCCAUACCAGUUUUGCUCAGCAUUUGGGCAAAUACGAACUUUUAUCAACAUCUUGUAAGUGACAAACUGAACAAGGUAUUAUAGUGUGUUAUUGAGUGGAAUAUUUUGUUGAAAGAGCAAGUAAUUAUUAUAAAAUAUGGGAGGCGAAGAAAAUGUAGGAGUGACGACAGGUCAACCCAACUUAUAUAAACAAGAUCUAACUAAACUGAAUGUGUCGAAACUCACGGCAUUGUCGAAAGAAGUUAUAAGUCGACAGGCAACGAUUAACAUAGGAACUAUUGGUCAUGUAGCACAUGGUAAGUCAACCAUCGUUAAAGCCAUAUCCGGUGUACAGACUGUGCGUUUCAAAAAUGAGUUGGAGAGGAACAUUACGAUCAAGCUUGGUUAUGCCAAUGCUAAAAUUUAUAAAUGUGACAAUGAGAGAUGUCCUAGACCAACAUGUUAUAUUUCCGGUGGUUCCAGUAAAGAUGAUUCCUUCCAAUGCUUCAGAUCAAAUUGCACAGGGCGGUUUCAAUUGGUGCGACAUGUAUCCUUCGUUGAUUGCCCUGGCCACGAUAUUCUUAUGGCGACUAUGUUGAACGGAGCAGCUGUUAUGGAUGCUGCAUUAUUAUUAAUAGCUGGCAAUGAAUCGUGUCCACAGCCACAAACAUCUGAACAUUUAGCAGCUAUUGAAAUCAUGAAGCUGAAGCACAUUGUUAUAUUACAGAAUAAAAUAGAUUUGGUUAAAGAGGGACAAGCCAAGGAACAGUAUGAACAGAUUCUGAAAUUUGUUCAAGGUACUGUUGCUGAGGGAGCUCCUAUUAUCCCCAUUUCUGCACAACUGAAAUACAACAUUGAAGUCCUGUGUGAAUAUAUUGUUAAGAAGAUUCCAGUUCCCAUGCGAGAUUUUGAGUCAGAACCACGUUUGAUUGUUAUCAGAUCUUUUGAUGUUAACAAACCUGGAUGUGAAGUUGAUGAUUUGAAAGGUGGUGUUGCUGGUGGUAGUAUUCUCAAAGGUGUACUCAAAGUUGGAAUGGAAAUUGAGGUACGCCCAGGAGUUGUAUCCAAAGAUAGUGAAGGUCAAUUGACUUGUAAGCCCAUAUUUUCAAGAAUUGUAUCUUUAUUUGCUGAGCAAAAUGAACUACAAUUUGCUGUCCCGGGUGGAUUGAUUGGAGUUGGUACAAAAAUUGAACCAACAUUAUGUAGAGCAGAUCGUCUGGUUGGUCAGAUUUUGGGAGCUGUUGGUGCUUUGCCAAAAAUAUUUAUCGAAUUAGAAAUAUCGUACUAUCUCCUGAAGCGUCUAUUGGGAGUUAGAACUGAAGGAGACAAAAAAGGUGCCAAGGUACCUAAACUAUCGAGAAAUGAAGUACUUCUGGUGAAUAUUGGUUCACUAAGCACUGGAGGACGUGUUCUAGCAACAAAAGCUGAUCUUGCAAAAAUUAGUUUGACGAAUCCAGUUUGCACAGAGAUUGAUGAGAAAAUUGCACUCUCUAGAAGAGUUGAGAAACAUUGGCGUCUUAUCGGAUGGGGUCAGAUACGUGGUGGUGAAACUAUAGAACCAUCUUCAAGCAAUUAACUGAACAGGCUAUAUGGACCGAAUAAUAUAAUAUGUACAGUUUAAUAAGAAUCAAUCAUUAUUGAUAUUAUUUUAUGAAUAUUUUUACGAAUUUAACUUUGGAAAUCAUCUAUUAUACUUAGUGUUGUAUUCAGUGCUACAUUUUUUAAUAAUACAUUGAGAUCAGUGCCUGUUCACGAAAUGAUACGAAGCAUGAAUAUUUUGCUGUAGAUGUACCCUUACGUCACCAAUGUUCACUGACGCCAUUUUAUGUAUUAUAAUCAUGAUUCAGGCUAAUUUCUUAGUAUUACUUACUAUUAAUUAUAAAACAGAUGUAAAAUAAUUUAUUAUACAAAAAUUUCAUUUUAUUGCAAACUAUUUGUAGAAUAUUUCGAAAUUAGAUAUAUGUUGUAAAAUGUGCAGGUUGUUAAUAUAUUAAAAUAAUUUGAAAUUGAAAGUUACACUACCUUUAAUAUAAGAUGUAGGAGGAACAGUUUUUUGGAUAAAGAAAAUAAAAAUUGAAAUUGAUUAAUAAUAAAAUACAUUUAUUAAUGAAAUAUAUGUAAGAGUUAAAAUAAUAAUAAGAAAGUAACUAAUUUAUUUACUAAGUUAACUUUUUUCAUUGUUAUUGUUAUUUUGUGUAGUUUUACAGAUCAAUAUUAUUUUUAUUUAUAUAUUUUUUUUCUUCUAAUCUACUGUGUUUACAUGUUACGACUCCGACAUAUCAAAGCUAUUGUCAAAUUGCUUUUAAUUAUUGUUAGUACAGAAUUGGAACAAAGCGAAACUUCGGACUGUGCCAAAAUACCGUGCGAUUUUCUGACCCUUGUAUCUUAUAUAGAGAGAGCCUUAUGGGUGACCGCGAAUGACGGGAUGUACCGACGAAAAUUCCAAUGGAUUUUAACAAGUGAAAUCCUGAAUCCUGUUCUCACUGAAAAUAAGUAUAUAAAUUUUGUACAAGACCUGUACGACAUUUGUACUAAAAUAAAUACAAAAUUUGUAUAAACCUUGUGUAAUAUUCAUACAAAAAUCGUACAUAUUUUCUUUGAAAAAAUGUGUACAAAAUUUGUAUAAAUUUGGUACAAGUAUUAUAUAAAUAAUAUUAUAUGUAUAAAUUCUGUAUACAUUUUAUACAAAAUUUGCAUGAAAUUUGUACAAAUGUUGUACUCAACAAUCGACUUUUUCUUAAAAUUUGAAUAAAUAAAUAAUAUAGGCAUAUCAUGAAUAAAAUAACGUGGACAGCUUCCAUAGAAUUUGAACCAUAUACGAAAAAUAAAAAAAAAUAUUGACCUAACCGUGAUUUGAACCGGAAACCUUCAUAUUAGCAGAUUUGUAGUUUACCACUUUGCUAUCAACG